UGUUCCUGAUUUCUUUGAUUAACACCAAAUUCAGAUUUGCCUGUCCUGUUAACUCUAAUUUUUUUGUCUGGUUGCGCUUAAUUGAUUACACUCAUACACACCUAUAUGUUCUUACUUAGCCUAAUUAGCUGUCUGGAUGUUAUUCAAUUUUUACUUAAUCGUUGUUUCAUUGUCUGCAUGUAUGUCUUUUGCUGAUUAUUCAUUUCCGUCACAGGAUUUUACUCAUUAAUCGUCUGUAUGGUUAUGUUUGUUUAUUCUUCACUGUCCAUACAGGGGAUUUACCCGAAUGAUAUUGAGAUCACUGUCUUAUGCCUAAAAAUUCCAUCUUGAUCUUAGUUUUCUUCACAAAGAAGAAAGAAUAGAUUUGGAGUCGGUUUUAAUCCGUCAUCCACCAUCAUGAGUUUUUCUGAUCAUCCAACUUCACCACCAUCUCCAUUUAUGUCACUUCCGUUCGUUGGUGAUUAUGUUGGUGGCUUUUGGCCUCAACCUCUAAUUGACAAUGAACAGCCGGACACACAUUCGCAGUUUGAGCAUGUGCCUCCAUUUAAGAGACCCAGGAAUUUUGAAAGCAACCCACCAAAUUCUACACCUUUCCCACACAUGAGUCUAAGGAUGAAUCCACCAGUUGUGGCUGGGUGUAAAGGUACCAGCCAUAUAUUUUUCAAGACCCGCAUGUGUGCAAAAUUCUUGGAGGGAAAUUGUCGCAAUGGUGAGCACUGUACCUUUGCCCAUGGGGCUGAAGAUUUGCGGGAACCCCCUCCAAAUUGGCAAGAACUUGUUCGUGAAAGGGAUAGGGUUGGGAAUUGGAAUGAUGAUCAGAGGAUAAUACAUAGGAUGAAAAUUUGCAAGAAGUUUUACAAUGGAGAAGAAUGCCCAUAUGGGGAAAAGUGCAAUUUUCUUCAUGAACCUCCGUCAAAAUUUAAGACUGAUAUGGUAAUGCCAACAUUGCCAAGGGAGAGUUCUGCAAUAAGCAUAGGAACUAUGGGACCAAUAAUGGGGCAUAGAGAUGGCUCUGAUCAACCUGAAAUUAAUAAGCAUGUGAAUGGCUGUUCGGAUGCCCUCAGAGUUAAUAUGAAGCCUGUAUUUUGGAAGACACGAAUAUGUUCCAAAUGGGAGACCUCGGGUCAGUUCCCAUUUGGGGAGAGAUGUCACUUUGCUCAUGGGCAAUCAGAGUUACAGGUUCCCAGUGGCCUCGUUGAGGCCGAAAUGAUGAUGAAUAUGGGCUCCAUUCCAGCAAAGCCUCUCGCUGUUCCUUCAAAUGAUGCAGCUCCUGCUAAUACAGUUACUAGUGCUUCAACAAAAGAAGAAGGGGUAGGUAAGAAAGGUUUAUCUAAGUGGAAACUAACUAAAAAGAUGAAUCGCAUUUAUGCUGAUUGGAUUGAUGAUCUAACACCUCCACACAUCCUGCCGAGUGAAGUGGAGAAAUGAGAUCAUCUUUUGAGCUCCAAGUUUCUCUGGAAUUGAAGACUUGAGUUCCAUACAGUUUACAAAUUUUGACCCUUCAUAAAAGAAAUGUUCAUGCAUCCCAAAGGGAUGUGAAAAGAAAGCUGAGUCCUUUUCCCUUGUUUUUUUUACCCUUUCUCGUGGUCUUGGUUGUUUAUAUUAUCUAUAGAUAAUUUUCUUUUCCUUUGUGAUUCAUUUUACCUUCAUU